UAAAAGUGAAUUUGAAGAUAAUGAAGUAAAUGUCAAUGUAUCAGAUAAAAUAGAUACUAAAUCAAACGAGACUCUGUCAGAACAAGAAACAUUAAUCGGCGAUUUACAAAAUAAAUUAUUAGAUCAAAUAUGUGGAAGAAAUGAUACACUUGAUGAAACAGUUGACAAAUUUGAUAUCGAACAACUGAGAAAGGAAUUAGAAGAAACGGGGUUAAUUUAUAAUACUGACGAUAAUAGUCAUAUCCGCCAUGAAAAUUCUAGAGAACUACUAGACGACCAUGACCAGUUACUCGACUACUUGGAAGGUUAUGAGUUAUCUACUCAAGGUGAAAACGAUGAUCCUUAUUUAAAAGACGCGAAACUUCGUUCGUCAUCAAGGGACUUACCAGACAUAAAAGAGGAAGACAUUGAAAAUAAAUGUAUUACAGUUACUGACCCGCAUCAAAUGAACGAAACAAAGGCAUUUGAAAAAACGCAAGAAAACAUUCAACAUAAAGGGCAGCAAAGUAUUCCAAAUGGCAUCAAAAUUAAUAAAGAUCUUUCAGAGAAUGAUUUAAAUGUAGACAAAAUAAAAUCUACGUUAAAAGAAUGUGAAGAUAUUGCACGGGAAAUAAAUAUGGGGUUUGAAGCCAUCAAUCUUGAUGGAGCUGUGAAUCAGGAAUCCGAUUAUAAAUCGAGAUGCACUGAAAAUUUAUUCCAAAAGAAUCAGCCUGAUCAGUUAUUUUGUGGAACCGCAGAAAAACAAAGUGAACCUAAAGUUAUUCCCAAUGAUGUUGAGUUAAUAACACCAGUUAAUAUGAAAUUAAAAACUAAUUUAAAUAUUACUCGUAAUGGCGAUCAGAACAAUAGUGGUCAAGAUUCUGCAGAUCAAAAAUAUGCUGAAAAAUCAGAUUCUACAAAUGGGCUCUUACAUACUGGAGAACUUCAUGAUUCUGUGAUUAUUCCUCUCUUUGAAGACUCAGAUUCCAAAUCAGAAGAUUUACCGAAAAAUAUGGACGUUGAACAGUUAACUAAGGACGUGUCUGAUAUUCAACCUUCAAAAUUAUUGCAUACAGGAGAACUUCACGACACUCUUGUCGUGCCGUUUUCACUAAGGGCGCAAAAUUUAGAAACUGACAAUGGAAAACAGUUAAAGGAUAUUACUUUAACGACACCAGAAGUUCCUUUGGUACCUCCCUCAACUUCAUCAUCAAACCCAGAUGUUAAAGUACCGCAGUUAAAGGAUGAUGACAAACUGAACACAAAAGGACUUAUGCACACUGGAGAAUUUCAUGACGGUUUGGUGACACCCUUGACAAUGGAUGUUCAUCAGGCUGUUACCGAAAGCUAUAGUAAUCCACCCAAAACUUCCGAAGGCGCUUUAGUUGAGUCAACCGAUAAGCACCCUGCACCUGAAUUUUCAUCAAAACAGGAUCAACCAACUAAACUUUUACAUACAGGCGAGUUACAUGAUCCUAUAGUCCUACCAUUACCUAAAAAGUCUCCAGAAGGAACAGCUGAAGAUUUAGAAAAUUCUAAAAAAGCAGAUGUUGGUGAACCAGAAAACAAUCCAAGGCAAGUUGAUAGUGAAUGUCAGACUAGUGGCGAUCCUGCCAUAGAAGUUCAACUCCAUGAAGUUCCAGCAGGUGAUGAGGCCCUGACGUCACCGCGGCCAGCUCCUGUCAUCCCCGACGUCAGCGACGUCGCUAGCCGCCCCGCGCAGACUCCCGAUAAAGACGCCUUACCGAAUGCAUCCAGCUCAGACCUCAGUUCGCCGACAGAUUUACAGGGCAUGGAAAGCGAGAAACGCAACAACGCGACUGUUAAUAACAAGAGUAUGGAAGUCGAAGCAGCCACCAAGAUCCAAGCCGGGUUCAGGGGAUACCAGGUCCGGAAGCAACUUAAAUUAAAGAAUGGAUCAUCAGAUAUAAAUAACCAGAGAAGACAGUUGAGGCGCAAAAGUUCUGGACGACUCACAGAAACCAAUAGAACACCACAGAAUAAAUCAAAAGAACCAAGUGAUAUAGAAGAAAAAUCGGCAGUGAAGAUACAAGCAGGUGUUAGAGGUUUCCUCGUCAGAAGACGACAGAAGAAACAGAAAAAUCAAGAAUCAUAAAAACUAGGCAUUAAAAUCCAUUCACACAUUCUUAUAUUACUUUGUAGUUAGGGAAACUUGCACAGGAUAUAAUAUAUUCAAAAACUUUCUGGUCCACUGUAAAGUAAAGUGAGUUGUUAGGUAUUUGUACUUUUUGAAAAUGGGAAAUCUGGCGCCUACAAGAUUGUCUAACCCUGGAAAUCAAAUAUAGUGCAAGUUCACUUAAAAUAUUUAUAUACAAACAGACGCGUUUUAUCCCAAGAGACAGCAGGCAAAACAAAAAGAAACAAUUUCAGUUGUAAUUAAGUUAUUUCUGUUUGCUUAACCUCAAUUAAAUCUACAGUAGCGCAAGGUGAAUUAAGAACACGCUUUCGAAUAAGUGCUAACAGGGGUUCUAACAAAUCUGGAACAAAGUAUUUUUAGUUGUUGAGAUUCUUCAGAAGCCGUAAUCUGCCGAAAGAUAGUCCAUAUAUCGCAUUCGGUUUAAAGUAUCUUAACAAUAAUAAACAGAUCAAAAUAUUGUGAGAUGUUAAAUUAAGUAUAAUAUGCAUAUACAAAACAAUAUUUACAGCUAGUCAGAGAUAUUCUAUGGUAGUUUAUAAAUGUAUUCUAUUAAGUAUUCCAAAAAAGAUAUUGUAACAAUUUCCAAAGAAUUGUAGUGUUAGAUGUAAGUGUUUAUAUUUAUACUUUCUUAGAUUUAAUAAACUA